AGACCAAUUCAUAGAGAGAGGAUUGAAUCUGGAAUGUUUUGUCUGUCAGUGUGAUUGCAUUAGAGCCAUCACUUAUUGUACUGCUGUCCAUCCGGUGCUUGGAGUUUUUAUUGAAAUUUCUAAUGACCUGGACCGGAUUCCCUGAUGGAUAAAUUGUAGAUUGACUGUUUAUCAUUCAAAGCCAUUUGUAUAGCUCAUGGCUGUAUAGCAAACUGCUGUGAAGCCAUUCCCUGUCAAUAACUGCUCUACAACAGUGGCAACAAAAUGCAGAGGCAAGUGGAGGUCAAAAUGCACGAGAGUCAUUUGGAUCCCCUUCCGCCACCUGAGGAACCCAUGUGUGGAGGCAUUUGUGACAAAAUCACGAAGAACAUGCUACUAACACUCACUGUUCUUGGUGUGAUCACAGGCUCCGUAGCUGGUAUUCUACUGCGGUAUGCAUCCCCACUUCCCGCCGAUGUCAUUAUGAUUAUUGCCUUCCCUGGUGAUAUUCUCAUGAGGAUGUUAAAAAUGGUGAUUUUGCCUCUGAUCAUAUCAAGUUUGAUCACAGGGUUAGCAGGGUUGGAUGCCAAGUCCAGUGGCCGCUUGGGCACAAGGGCCAUGGUGUACUAUAUGUCUACCACCAUCAUUGCUGCUGUGCUGGGGGUGGUCUUGGUACUGCUCAUCCACCCUGGUAACCCAAAGUUAAAGGCAAACCUCGGCGAAGGGAAAAAAAAUGAUGAAGUCUCCAGUUUAGAUGCCUUCUUCGAUCUCAUCAGAAAUCUGUUUCCAGAGAAUCUUGUCCAGGCUUGCUUUCAACAGAUCCAAACUGUUACUAACAAGGUAGAAGUAGCUCCUCCAACUCCAACACGAUUUGGACGAAAUGCCACCAAGACUGCAGCAAAAUAUGUGAUCAAGAAAUCUCUUCAAUUCAAGAGUGGCAUGAAUGUGUUAGGUAUCAUUGGCUUCUUUGUUGCAUUUGGGAUUUGCAUGGGAAAGAUGGGAGAAAAGGCCAAACUCAUGGUUGACUUUUUCAACGUUCUAAACGAGAUCGUCAUGAAGCUUGUCGGCAUGAUCAUGUGGUAUUCCCCCAUUGGUAUCGCCUGUCUGAUCUGCGGAAAAAUAAUUUCAAUCAAUGAUCUGGAGGUGGUGGCAAGGCAACUUGGAAUGUACAUGGUCACUGUUAUCGUUGGACUUAUCAUUCACGGAGCCGUGUUCCUUCCAUUAAUAUAUUUUGUAUUUGUUCGGAAAAACCCAUUCACAUUCUUUAUGGGAAUGUUCCAGGCUUGGGUCACUGCUUUAGGAACAGCCUCUAGUGCUGGCACAUUACCUGUUACUUUUCGCUGUCUGGAGGAAAACUUGGGCAUCGACAAGAGAGUGACCCGAUUUGUACUACCUGUUGGAGCAACAAUCAACAUGGAUGGUACAGCACUUUAUGAGGCUGUAGCGGCCAUCUUUAUUGCGCAGAUGAAUGGAAUAGAACUUGAUCCUGGUCAGAUUGUUACUGUCAGUCUUACAGCUACCCUUGCCAGCGUAGGAGCAGCCAGUAUUCCCAGUGCUGGUCUGGUGACUAUGCUUCUGAUCUUGACUGCGGUGGGAUUACCGACUUCAGACAUCAGUUUACUGGUAGCAGUCGACUGGCUACUGGAUCGUUUCCGAACAUCGGUCAAUGUUAUUGGUGAUUCGUAUGGGGCGGGCAUUGUGUACCACCUCUCCAAAGAUGAGCUCGACUCGUUUGAUGCCCAGCAAAUGAGGCCUGAAGAAGACUUUGAGAUGGCCAAGACACAAUCCUUUUUUGAGAAUAACAGUAACCAUGGUGUAUAUUCAUCUCGCAACUCCUGUCAACCAAUCCAAAUAGAUGACUGCAAGUCUUUCAGCAUUCUGUAAGGAAUCCCGCUGCAGCUAAUUAGUUGAUCUGUCUUGUGGUAACCUUGGCCUCAAAUGGCUCCCCUGCGGACUUCUCACUUGUUGAGGAGGAACCAUGGAUACGCGGCUAACACAGCACACAGAUCCAGCUCCGCCUUAUCCUGAGUCCCACAAGCUUAUCCUUUCGGGUGAAAACCAAAGCAUAUUGUCCGUCAGAAGUUAACAUAUAUCUUUUCACACGCACAAGCACUGAUUUAAAAAAAAUAAAAUAAAUGAUAAUCUCAGUACACUUGAUUCAUGCGGGGGGGGGAAUUUAGCUUGAAGUAUUUUGUGCUCUUAGGGUUCAUCUGGCAUAGUGUAUAGGCACUGACAAUUGGCAGCAUUUUGAAAGUUUUAUUUUGGGUGAGAGCAUUCUCAGCAUGAAAGCACAUUAACAAUCUCAAUAUUUGUAGUAUCAAAGUGGCUUGCCCCAGCCUGGGAUGCCAAACUGACUGUAGAGCACUACUAGUUGCAGGAGGAGAGAAGUGCAGUUUGUUUGCUAAAGAUACCUUUGACUGGCUUGGCUUAGAUGGAUUAACCCUUGGUGGCGGCACUCCAGAUCAGCCUCUUAUAAGAGCUUACCAAAGUACUUAGAGGUUCUGAAGUGGUUUGCCUCCAAAUGCUGGCACUUAUUUUUAGAGGCUGCUCGACGUAAAUGCCACGUCACCAAUUACAUGGAGCGAUCACAUAUGCAGUAUGACACUGAGGAGAGUGCCGUUGUCUAUCUGCAAGGACUGUUGGGUUACAUAGAACAUCUUAUAAAAUCUUAUAUAGUGGACUGAAUAAGGGGAAACACGUUUUUCAUAAUCAUUUAUGUGUCCAUGCGUGUGUUUGGGCAUGUGUACUUGUUUAUAAUUGAAAGAAGUUUUUGUGUUUGAGUGAGGGGACUUCCCUAUGCGUCCGCAUGCUUAAGCAUGCGUUUAGGUUAUGUCUGUAUUCUGUGUGCUUUGUUAAGUUGUUGAUUUAUGUAUUUAUUUGUUAUAUUUCAAUCUUGCCUUGAAGACAAACUGCAGAAUGUGCAGAAAAAAUGCACAUCACAGCAGACUGUAUGACUCCAACAUCAGGUGCAGUCACAUUUUCUUUAAUCAUAGAUUGCUAAUCUUUGAUUCCCUGUGGAGCCUUCUUGGAAACUCAGAUAUGAAGUCCAGUUGAAUGGAUUGUUAAAUAUUUAUAUUUUCAUGCUGAUAAGCGAGGCCCUCACAUUGUUUGGCGCUGAGGUUGUUAAGUGUUACUCUAACAGAAAAGAGAUGAAAGAAUUGAGAUUCUCAAUUAAAUCUGCAACAUUUAUUUGGUAGUCUUUGAUUACGUUCAUAGCAACAUGAGCAACAUUCCACUUUUUGCACCAAAAUUUUCUCAUUAAAGUGCCUCCUUGCACUUUGUGUAAAUAAAUACAUAUACUGUGUCAUAUUUUAGGUAUUCAUACAAACUAAAGUGUAGUAUGAAAAUUAUAAAAAUUAUGUUUUUAUUUCACUUGGUUAUAUAGAUUAUAACAGGUUGUAUUUAGUAGCUAUCACUAAAAUAUACUGUACACAUCACAUGAAACUGUGAGAAAUGUAAGAUUGAUGAGUAAACAUAUAUGUAUAUAAAUCUAAGAAUAUGUUUCACUUGCAAUCCACAAUGGAUUUGUGUUCAGUUAUUUUGUUUUGUUGAACAUGUUAGAGAUUAUGGCAUUAGGGGGGAAAAAAUCAAAUUACUAAAAUUAUGAACCAGCCUUGAUACAGAUUAAACAGUCUUGCAGAGUGCAGAGAAAAUAAAGUGUAAGAAGUAUCUUAAGAAAAUGAAACACAACCUAGAUAAAUAUAAUAUGAAUGUGUGCACUAUAUUGGAAUAAUAACUACAGGCAGGGCCUGACAAAACUUUUAUGUUAGUUGUGAGUAUGAUUUAGAAGAAUAUGGGUGCAUAUUAAAUUAAACCAUCCAGCUCUUUUUAUUUGUGCAACCCUGUCUGGUUUCAAAGACAUUGUACAACUUGCUUACCAAACUUGAAUUUGUGUAUACUUUUUCAAUUUGUCUUUUUCCUCUAUUUUUCUAUGAAUAUCUUUAACAAGUUGUAAAUAAAGGCAAUGUUUCUUGUCUCAUUAGUCUGUUUCUUUUUUUCUUCCAAAGUCUUUGGACAGUGGGUCUAAAUCAUAUAAAUUUUUGUUUAUUAAAAUAUGUAAAUAAGUUAUUAUUACUAUUAACUAUAAA